GAUUUCAUGGACGCCAUCGCGGGAAAAAGAAGAAAUCUGAAAAGACAAGAAUGACUUCUGUCUGUGAAGAUGAUCUGUUGGAAGAGUUGGAGAUGUUUGGGGUGAAUUCCCCUGAUGCAUCUGUCAUAGAACAAUUGAUAGACUUGUGUCGAGUUCACCACAAAGAUGCAGCUGGUAUCGUGGAAGAAUGGGUGGCCUUUGCUCAGACGUCUGGUAUAAACUUGACCACACUGACACCCGACAUUGUCACCAACUUCGAAAGACAGUUGCAAAAGAAGAGCAUGAAAGUCCCAAAGACGCCUAAAAUGAAAAAGCCAGAGCAAGGGUCAUUUUCUGCUAAAAAACAGAGAGAUACUGGAGUUGAUGCUGACAUAGUGGAUGAAUUGUUUGGUGCUUAUUCUACUCCUGGUGCAAACAUGGUCAAGCAGAUGCCCAAACGUCAGAUCACACCUGAGGGCCCUCCAGCCCAUAAGCGGAUGACAACUCUCUCAAGGAGUCCUGUGGUCCCAUUUUCUCCAGCAAGCUUCUCACCUGUAAGUUCCAGUAAAUCCGAGAAAUACAGUGUCAGGGCUAAUAUUGGAGAGAUUGUGACAAAGUUUGGACCGGUUGAUCGAGUUUCGUGGAAAGGGGAUGGGACAAAGAAAGACAUUGCCUUCAAGUUGGAUGCAACAGCAAGUCUGACGAAAAAAUACAAAUAUAUGUUCCAGAAGUAUAGUGACAAGGCUGAUGUGCUAAAUGACAUGAUAGAGGACAUGGGCCUCUACCUUCAAAAACAUUAUGAAAUUGAGGAAUAUGCUCACGUUGCAUUGCCAACGCAAGAAGAAGUCACAGUAGUUGGCAGAAUUGGCUGUGACAGUCUUGGGAAGCUGAAUGCAAAGUCAGUCAUUUUGGAGGGCUCGCGAGAGACGUCAGGCGGGCGGCACAUACCGGUCGACCUCUCGGAAAUCCAGCAGUUCUCGCUGUUUACAGGCCAGAUUGUCGCAAUGAGCGGUAUCAAUAGCACUGGAAAUAAGUUCGUUGCAAAGAAAGUUUAUGAGGGUAUUCCCCCGCCUAUGGCUGACCUUGGCCCGAUAAGGGGUUCGCCCUUACAGUUCUUAAUAGCAUGUGGUCCAUUCUCUACAAUAGACAGCCUGUCCUAUGAGCCCCUCGGUGACCUGAUGACUGUGAUUCAGAGGGAGAAACCUGAUGUCUGUAUAUUUUUAGGACCAUUUGUAGACAUCAAACAAUUUGAAGACAACGAGUACCUCAAGCCAGAAAAUGAUCUUACAGAUAUGACGUAUGAGCAGCUGUUUCACCAACAGAUAUAUCAGAUAAUUCAGGCGACAGAAAGCUUGCAGACGGAGUUGAUAUUCGUACCAUCGAGUCGAGAUGUUCACCACAAUUACAUCUACCCACAGCCACCAUUCGACAUAAAAGGCCUGAAUGAAGAGAGAGUGCACUUCUUGUCAGACCCCUGCACGUUUUCCGUGAACAACAUCAGUAUUGGCCUGACAUCAACGGAUGCAAUCAUGCAUGUUGGCGGAGAAGAAAUAUCAUUUUACCCUCCAGGAUCAUCGGAUCGCUUGGCAAGAUUAGCAAAGCAUUUUCUCUUACAACAAAGCUUCUAUCCGCGAUAUCCACCAGAGGAAUCCACCAACUUGGAUCUCGACCAAUUUGAGACGCACGCCAGAAUCAAUACCAUACCCCACAUUCUCAUUCUGCCCUCCGACAUGAGAGGGUUUGUCAAGGACGUCUGCAAGAGCUGCUGCAUCAACCCAGGACGUCUGGCUAAGGGUUUGGUAGGGGGUACCUAUGCCAGGGUUAUCGUCCAACCAACUGAUGACCCUCAGAACAUCGUUGAGAAGAUAGCUGCUCGGGUGAUCAAAAUAUAAAAAGACACUGGAGAAUGAAACCAAUACGAAACAAGUUGACACGAGUCUGACUAUAAACAUAGCCACGAAGUAAAUGUGCUUGUACUCUUGGAGCAAUAUGAAGAAAGCUAAUGCCCCAGACUGCUUUUGAUUACUCUCUGUAUGACCAAGGAAGCUAAAAUUAUAUCAAA